AUGGAAAACUCAAACAAAGGAAAUAGUGUAAUGAGGAUUGUAAGUGAGACACCCAGCUCGAGUGUGGUACAAACCAAUGGAACAGUGCAUGCAAGCCCAGGCAAGGAACAGAGGGCUAAUCCUAUGGAUAAUCAGAAGGUAAACCAACAGAAGAGCUCAAUUCCAACAGUAGAUAAGGGACGAUCAUGGGCAGGACUACUUCAGGAGAACAAGUUAGUAGCAAAAGAAGAAAACCUAAAGUGGACUAGAGCUGUUAUACUCUAUGUGGUGGGGAAUACUUCAUCAAUUGGAGCUAUUAAAAGGUUCAUCACUAAUCAGUGGGCAAAUGUGCAGAAACCUAAGGUGCUAUUCCAUAACGAUGGCUAUUUUAUUAUCCUGCUUAGUACUAAUGAAGAGAAAGAGAGGGUGAUGAUGAAUGGACCUUAUACAAUUAACAGUAGGCCAGUUAUGAUGAGGCAAUGGUCGGAGAGUUUUGAUUUCAAUGAAGAAGUGCUGAGGACUAUUCCCCUGUGGAUCAAGUUUCCAAAUCUGCCUCUUAAUCUUUGGAGCAACCAAGCUUUAAGUAAAAUUGGAAGUGGAUUGGGAAAACCAUUAUAUGUUGAUGCUUGCACAACAAUUGCAGAGAGAAUUAUAUAUGCCGGGGUUUUAAUUGAGAUGGAUGUUACAAGGCCACUGCCAGAGAAGAUUAAGCUCUAUGAUCCUAAAGGCAAGGUGUUAGAGCAAUUAGUACACUAUGAUUGGAAGCCAAUGUACUGUCAGAAGUGUUGUCAACUAGGCCAUAUAUGUAAGGACCAAAGGAAGCAGAAACAGGAUGGAAUGAUACAAAAAACUGGGGAAGGAAUGCAGAAGCAGGAAUGGAGGAAACAGAGUAAUCCAAAGGUUGAACCACAAUGGCAAGUAGCUCGAGGCAAAUCUGCUACAAAGAAGCAUGCAGAUGUCAUAAGGGAGAAGGAAGUGGACAUUGGUAAUGCGUUCAAAACACUGGUUGAUACUGCUCAAAAAAUUGUCCAACUGUCUGAAGCCCAAGAUGAAAAAGAGAAGCAGAACAAGAAGGCUAGGGAAAGUUUUCCACAACUAUCUAUCAUAUCAUGA